GACUUAUGUGCAGUUUGGGACACUGGAGUUGUCCUUCCCUGUGCAGACUGGAGUGCAGCCUCCAUUGGUGUCUCGAGGAGAAGGCUGAAUGAGGCAGAGGGGCUGAGCUCUGUCCGGGAGGCCCACUUAGAGCGGCACAAGGCAGCGAGACCCCGAGGGCUGGGGAGCAGGGAGUGGGGCCUGGUGCUGAGGAUGGCCAGGCAGCAGGCACCACCCUGGGUCCAUGCAGCCUUCCUCCUCUUCCUCCUCAGCCUUAGUGGUGCCAUCGAGAUUCCUAUGGAUCUGACCCAGCCCCCGACCAUCACCAAGCAGUCCGUGAAGGACCACAUCGUGGACCCCCGGGAUAACAUCCUGAUUGAGUGUGAAGCAAAGGGGAACCCGGCUCCCAGCUUCCACUGGACCCGGAACAGUAGAUUCUUCAACAUCGCCAAGGACCCUCGGGUGUCCAUGCGGAGAAGGUCUGGGACCCUGGUGAUUGACUUCCGCAGCGGUGGGCGGCCCGAGGAGUAUGAGGGGGAAUACCAGUGCUUCGCCCGCAACAAAUUCGGCACAGCCCUGUCCAACAGGAUCCGCCUGCAGGUGUCCAAAUCUCCCCUGUGGCCCAAAGAAAACCUGGACCCCGUUGUGGUUCAAGAAGGCGCCCCCUUGACGCUGCAGUGCAACCCCCCGCCAGGCCUCCCGUCCCCAGUCAUCUUCUGGAUGAGCAGCUCCAUGGAGCCUAUCACCCAGGACAAACGCGUCUCCCAGGGCCACAACGGAGACCUGUACUUCUCCAAUGUGAUGCAACAGGACAUGCAGACUGACUACAGCUGCAAUGCACGCUUCCACUUCACCCACACCAUCCAGCAGAAGAACCCCUUCACUCUCAAGGUCCUCACCACCCGAGGAGUUGCAGAGAGAACGCCCAGCUUCAUGUAUCCUCAGGGCACAUCCAGCAGUCAGAUGGUACUUCGCGGCAUGGAUCUCCUGCUGGAGUGCAUCGCUUCUGGCGUCCCAACUCCAGACAUCGCAUGGUACAAGAAAGGUGGGGACCUCCCAUCUGACAAGGCCAAGUUCGAGAACUUUAACAAGGCCCUUCGAAUCACCAAUGUCUCGGAGGAAGACUCUGGGGAGUACUUCUGCCUGGCCUCCAACAAGAUGGGCAGCAUCCGGCACACGAUCUCGGUGAGAGUAAAGGCUGCUCCCUACUGGCUGGAUGAACCCAAGAACUUGAUCCUGGCUCCUGGAGAGGAUGGGAGACUGGUGUGUCGAGCCAAUGGGAACCCCAAGCCCACUGUCCAGUGGAUGGUGAAUGGGGAGCCUUUGCAAUCGGCACCACCCAACCCAAACCGCGAGGUGGCCGGCGACACCAUCAUCUUCCGGGAUACGCAGAUCAGCAGCAGGGCCGUGUACCAGUGCAACACCUCCAAUGAGCAUGGCUACCUGCUGGCCAACGCCUUCGUCAGUGUGCUGGAUGUGCCACCUCGGAUGCUGUCACCCCGGAACCAGCUCAUUAGGGUGAUUCUUUAUAACCGGACUCGUCUGGACUGCCCAUUCUUCGGAUCCCCCAUCCCCACACUCCGAUGGUUUAAGAAUGGGCAAGGAAGCAACCUGGAUGGUGGCAACUACCACGUCUAUGAGAAUGGCAGUCUGGAAAUUAAGAUGAUCCGCAAAGAGGACCAGGGCAUCUAUACCUGUGUCGCCACCAACAUCCUGGGCAAAGCUGAAAACCAGGUCCGCCUGGAGGUCAAAGACCCCACGAGGAUCUUCCGGAUGCCUGAGGACCAGGUUGCCAAAAGGGGGACCACGGUGCAGCUGGAAUGCCGGGUGAAACAUGACCCCUCCCUGAAGCUCACAGUCUCCUGGCUGAAGGACGAUGAGCCUCUCUAUAUUGGAAACAGGAUGAAGAAGGAAGAUGACUCCCUGACCAUCUUUGGCGUGGCAGAGCGGGACCAGGGAAGUUACACAUGUGUUGCUAGCACUGAGCUAGACCAAGACCUGGCCAAGGCCCACCUGACUGUGCUAGCUGAUCAGGCCACUCCAACUAACCGUCUGGCUGCUCUGCCCAAAGGACGGCCAGACCGACCCCGGGACCUGGAGCUCACCGACUUGGCUGAGAGGAGUGUGAGGCUGACCUGGAUCCCAGGGGAUGAUAACAACAGCCCCAUCACAGACUACAUCGUCCAGUUUGAAGAGGACCAGUUCCAGCCGGGUGUCUGGCAUGACCACUCCAAGUUCCCAGGCAGUGUCAACUCAGCCGUCCUCCAGCUAUCCCCAUACGUCAACUAUCAGUUCCGGGUCAUUGCUGUCAACGAGGUGGGGAGCAGUCACCCCAGCCUCCCAUCUGAGCGCUACCGCACCAGUGGAGCACCCCCUGAGUCCAAUCCUGGUGAUGUGAAGGGAGAAGGGACCAGAAAGAACAACAUGGAGAUCACGUGGACGCCCAUGAAUGCCACCUCCGCCUUUGGCCCCAACCUACGCUACAUCGUCAAGUGGCGGCGGAGGGAGACUCGAGACACAUGGAACAAUGUCACUGUGUGGGGCUCCCGCUACGUGGUGGGACAGACACCUGUCUACGUGCCCUAUGAGAUCCGGGUCCAGGCGGAAAACGACUUUGGGAAGGGCCCGGAGCCUGACACUGUCAUCGGGUACUCGGGAGAAGAUUAUCCCAGGGCUGCGCCCACCGAAGUUAAAAUCCGAGUCAUGAACAGCACAGCCAUCAGCCUUCAGUGGAACCGGGUCUACUCCGACACGGUCCAGGGCCAACUCAGAGAGUACCGAGCCUACUACUGGAGAGAGAGCAGCUUGCUGAAGAACCUGUGGGUAUCUCAGAAGAGACAGCAAGCCAGCUUCUCCAGUGACCGCAACCGAGGUGUGGUGUCCCGCCUCUUCCCCUAUAGUAACUACAAGCUGGAGAUGGUUGUGGUCAAUGGGAGAGGUGAUGGGCCUCGCAGCGAAACCAAGGAGUUCACCACUCCGGAAGGAGUACCCAGUGCCCCCAGGCGUUUCCGAGUCCGGCAGCCCAACCUGGAGACAAUCAACCUGGAGUGGGACCACCCGGAGCACCCCAAUGGGAUCCUGACAGGCUACAUCCUCAAAUACGUGGCCUUUAACGGAACCAAAGUGGGAAAGCAGAUGGUGGAGAACUUUUCUCCCAAUCAGACCAAGUUCUCGAUGCAGAGGGCAGACCCUGUGUCCCGCUACCGCUUUACCCUCAGCGCCAGGACGCAGGUGGGCUCUGGGGAAGCCGUCACAGAGGAGUCUCCAGCACCUCCGAAUGAAGCUUACACCAACAACCACACCGACAUUGCCACCCAGGGCUGGUUCAUCGGACUCAUGUGUGCCAUCGCCCUCCUGGUGCUGAUCCUACUCAUCGUCUGCUUCAUCAAGAGGAGCCGAGGUGGCAAAUACCCAGUGCGAGAGAAGAAGGAUGUUCCCCUGGGCCCCGAAGACCCCAAAGAAGAGGAUGGGUCCUUUGACUACAGCGACGAGGACAACAAGCCCUUGCAGGGCAGCCAGACCUCCCUGGACGGCACCAUCAAGCAGCAGGAGAGUGACGACAGUCUGGUGGACUACGGCGAAGGGGGCGAGGGGCAGUUCAACGAGGACGGCUCCUUCAUCGGCCAGUACACUGUCAAAAAGGACAAGGAGGAAACGGAAGGCAACGAGAGCUCAGAGGCCACAUCGCCCGUCAACGCCAUCUACUCUCUGGCCUAACGGAGCCCCACAGGGCACAGCCACUGCUUUCCGAGCGGGGGAGGGGAAAGGGGGAGAUGACCGCCACCUUCAGGGACGAGGGUAUCAUAGGAGAGUCUCUGAAGCUGCUAGGACCAGUGACCAUCCCUGCCAUCCACAAACCUCCUUCCAGAUGGCUCCCCACACACACACCCCUGGGUGCCACCAGUACGGGAGAGCUGGAGCUAGGACUGAGCUCGCUGGAGGCAGCCUGGUCUCUCGGCCCUGUCCCGCAGCCACCCUGGGCUUUCCCCACCCUUCCCACUUUCGGCCUCGUCACCCACUUCUGUUGGCUACGAUAUUUUUACUUUUGCUUUGUGCCUCUUCCCCUCCGGACCCACCGUCUUCAUUUAACUUUUUUUUUCCUUUUGAAGAAGAGUCCCUGAAACAGAAGGAACAGAGUGAUUCUCCCCCACCCCCAGAAGCCAGAAACAAUAAAAGGAUGGAUCCGUAACCGAACAUACAGAAAAGCUGUAGUAUUCAAGCUGCCGCUGGGCCAACUUGUUUCCGAAGGAUGCCUUUCUCGCCACAUGCCUCCUCCCCGCGCUCCCAACCCAUCUGCCUUGGCCUUGUCAGCACUGAGCCGGGCUUGGCUCCUUUCUGGAAAAAUGACAGUAUUUUUUUUGGCAGGGAGAGGGCAGCCGGGCCUGCUUGCCGCUCUAGUUUGGUUGGUUUUGUGCCU